GCAUUGCAAACAAGUCCCAACCAAUAUUCUUCUUCCCUUUUUCUUCUUUCAAUCGGGUUUCCCCGAACAAAUGAAGGGCAGAAGUACCCACCAUUGUUAAAAUAAAUAAAAACACAUUCUUAUCAAUUUCUUCAAUUGAAACCCCAAUUUAAUCCCAAAUAAUCUCAUUUCAAUUUUUCCCAGAAAGAAAAAAAAAUGGAUGAAAAUCGGAAAAGGUCAAGCAUACUUGAAACUGUAGGAGAAGAAAUGGUUAGAAUCAUAACCCCGGUAUCCAUUUGUAUGUUUUUAGUUGUUCUUCUUGUUUCAAUCCUUAAUAAUGAUUCUUCCUCUUCACAAGCAUCAAUUUCAUCUAUAGCCACAAUUGCUUACAAUGAAGAUACUUCAGAUUCAGAUUGGGCAAAAUUCAAAGGUGCUCUCUUGAAUUCACUUGUAUUUGUAGCUAUGAUCACGAUUGCCACUUUUCUAUUAGUUCUUAUGUUUUACUUCAGAUUUACUAAAUUCCUCAAAUAUUACAUGGGUUUUUCAGCAUUCAUGGUUUUAGGGUUCAUGGGUGGUGAUAUUACAUUGCUAUUGGUUAAAAAAUUUAGAAUCCCAAUUGAUUCUAUUACAUUUUUAUUUGUUUUGUUCAAUUUCUCUGUGGUUGGGGUGAUGGCAGUUUUCAUGUCAAACAUGGCUAUUUUGAUUACACAAGGUUAUUUAGUAGUUAUUGGGAUGUUUGUUGCUUAUUGGUUUACAAUGUUACCUGAAUGGACUACUUGGGCACUUUUGAUUGCUCUGGCUUUCUAUGAUCUUGCUGCGGUUUUAUUACCUGGUGGACCGUUGAGGCUUUUGUUAGAACUAGCAAUUUCGAGGGAUGAAGAUAUCCCUGCAUUGGUUUACGAAGCUCGGCCUGUGAUAAAUCAUCAUGAAUCUGCCGCUAGACAGGGUGUACCUAGAAGGUUGUGGAAAGAAACUGGGAAUUCAUCAACUGUUGGAGGAAGUGGGGAAGUUGGUUCUACUUCGGAUGAGAAUUCUAAUGCCGUAGUAAAUAUGGGGUCUCCGCCAAAUCCAGGAUCUGAGACUUUAUCAUCUGAUACGGUGAAUCGAAUGGAGACAAGGCUGGUUAUUUCUGAAGAGGCUAUGGUUUCUGAAAGAGCAAAUGAGCUAGUGGCACCAUUGAUUGAUAGACAAUUGCAGAGGACUGGACAAGGAGAAGAUGUUGCAACUGAAAGUACCCCGUUUGAGGGUAUUGGUUUAGGUUCAUCUGGUGCAAUUAAGUUAGGGCUUGGUGAUUUCAUCUUCUACAGUGUGUUGGUUGGUCGAGCGGCAAUGUACGAUUUCAUGACAGUCUAUGCUUGUUACCUUGCUAUCAUAGCUGGUCUUGGUGUUACUCUGAUGCUUCUGGCGCUUUAUCGGAAGGCUUUGCCAGCUCUUCCUGUGUCGAUUUUGCUAGGUGUGUUGUUCUAUGUCUUGACUCGGUUUUUCUUAGAAGCUUUUGUUGUAGAGUGCUCUGUUAAUCUAUUGAUGUUCUAGAAUUUGAAAUCUUGUUGGUUGAGAUGGUGUACAAUUUCUGAACAGUGUUAUGACAACAAUUUCUGAACUGUAUUUUAUGUCCUCUAAAUGAAUCUCUGAACUUUCGACCAUGA